GGGACUAGAAGCGACAAAACUAGAAAAAUAAAAACAAAAUACGAAACAGGCAAAACAGAACAUAAACCCUCGGCGGCUCACCAGCAAUUUCAUUGCUUUCGCUCAUGGAGGCGACUGAUAUGGAUGUAGAAACCGAACACGCCAACGGCAGCAGCAGCUCAGCGAAGCGAUUUUCACUCAAAAACUCCAUUCAAACCAACUUCGGUGAUGAUUACGUUUUCCAAAUUGUUCCAAAGGAAGACUGGACAUCGAUGGCGGUGUCUCUAUCGUCCAGAAUGGUGAAACUGUAUUCGCCGGUAACCGGUCAGUUUGUUGGAGAAUGUAACGGACGUCAUGCUGAUAGUAUUAAUCAGAUAUUAUUUUCUGGAAAUAUGUUGCAUUCUUGCUCGUCUGAUGGUACUAUUAGGGCUUGGGAUACUCGUUCUUACCAACAGGUGUCUUGUUUAAAUGCUGGUCCAUCGCAAGAGAUAUUUAGCUUUUCGUUUGGUGGAUCGGACGGUAAUCUUCUUGCUGCAGGUUGUAAGUCUCAGAUUGUUUUCUGGGACUGGAGAAACAAGAAACAGAUUGCCUGCAUGGAGGAAUCUCAUAUGGAUGAUGUCACACAGGUUCACUUUGUACCAGAUCAGAAAAAUAAGCUUGUAUCUGCUUCGAUUGAUGGAUUAAUUUGCACAUUUGAUACCAGUGGAGAAAUCAACGAUGAGGAUCACCUGGAAUCUGUGAUGAAUGUGGAGACAUCGAUUGCAAAGGUGGGGUUUUGUGGUGCGAAAUAUGAGAAGCUGUGGUGUUUAACUCACAUCGAAACUUUAAGUCUUUGGGAUUUGAAUGAUUCAAGACUUGAAGCCAAUUUCAAGGAUGCUCGCCCUUUGGCUUCUAAUAGUUGGGCUCUAGAUCAGGUUGACUAUUUUGUUGACUGUCACUACUCGGCCGUGGAUGAUAAUUUAUGGGUUAUAGGCGCCACGAAUAGCGGCACUUUGGGCUACUUUCCGGUAGCCUAUAGUGGAGGAAUGAGAUCAAUCCUAUCUCCGGAAGCUGUUCUUCAUGGUGGUCAUACGGGUGUUGUUAGAAGCGUGUUAGCUUCUCCCACCGUGAAAACUGGACUGAACCAAACAAACGGUGUUUUCGGGUGGACAGGUGGUGAAGAUGGACGCCUGUGUUGCUGGUUAUCUGAUGAGUCCUCUGCUAUAGAUCAUUCAUGGAUAUCGACUUCAUUGGUUGAAAGAUACCCCAAAAAUCGCAAGAAAAGUAGGCAUCGACCAUAUUAAAGUGCAAGUGUCGAGAUUCUGGUGUGUGUUGUACUAUAGUUUCUCUCUUUUUUAUUUAUUUAAUUAUGGUAGUUUUUAUCUAGUGUGACAAUGUAAGUUUUGAUGAUUGUACUUUCCCUUUCUUUAAUCAAAUUCUAUCAAUUGUUUUUUGGUGCUGUU